ACCUGAGGCAUAGAAGUGAUUCAGCUCUUCCCUGAGAAAGGAAAUAUGGGGAAGAUCCUUCCUGAAUACCUCAGCAACUAGACCAUGGAAAAAGUCAAGCGAGGGGGAGUGAAAGUGAUGCCCAAUGCAAUUGUGCAAUCAGUUGGGGUCAGUGGUGGCAAGUUACUCAUUAAGCUGAAAGAUGGAAGGAAGGUAGAAACUGACCACGUAGUGGCAGCUGUGGGCCUAGAGCCCAAUGUUGAGUUGGCCAAGGCUGGUGGACUGGAAAUAGACUCUGAUUUUGGUGGCUUCCAGGUAAAUGCAGAGCUACAAGCACGUUCUAACAUCUGGGUGGCAGGAGAUGCUGCAUGCUUCUAUGAUAUAAAGUUGGGUCGAAGGCGAGUAGAACAUCAUGAUCAUGCUGUUGUGAGUGGAAGACUGGCUGGAGAAAAUAUGACUGGAGCUGCAAAGCCGUACUGGCAUCAGUCAGUAUUCUGGAGUGAUUUGGGUCCUGAUGUUGGCCAUGAAGCUAUUGGUCUUGUGGACAGUAGUUUGCCCAUGGUCGGUGUUUUUGCAAAAGCAACUGCACAAGACAACCCAAAAUCUGCCACAGAACAAUCAGGGACCAGUAUCCACGUGGAAAGUGAGACAGAGUCAGAAGCCUCUGAAAUCCCAGUUCCUCUCAGUACCCCUGCAGUCCCACAGGCCCCUGUUGAAGGGGAGGACUACGGCAAAGGUGUCAUCUUCUACCUCAGGGACAAAGCAGUCGUGGGGAUUGUGCUGUGGAAUGUCUUUAACCAAAUGCCAACCGCAAGGAAGAUCAUUAAGGACGGUGAGCAGCAUGAAGAUCUCAAUGAAGUAGCCAAACUCUUCAACAUUCAUGAAGAUUGAAGCCCUAUCAUGGAAUACACAUGCACUUUUCCAUCCCUGACAGGGGUUUGGGUGGGCAAAAGAACCUUUUUUAUUUAGCAUACUUUCUCUUUAUGUAGGAGCAGGAAUCGAACAAGCCUCUGUGAAUAUUUUCAUAUAUAUAGAUGCACAUCACAAAUUAAAAUCUGAUUCUUUAAA